UCUGACGUAGCAAACGAAAUUAACGGCUUUUACUAACAAACUUCCUCUUUACAGUUCCCUCCCCAGUCCACGCUUUAAAAGGGUAAGAGAGACAGAAGAAAAAGUCCGACACCUCACACCAAAGAUCACCGCCCACCGCCGUGACAUGCCGCCGGAGAUCCCACCGGCGCCGCCACCUCAUUCCUAACUCCUCCGUCAAAUUUAUUCUUAGGCUAUUUCAGAUAUAUAUAGAGAGAGAGAGAGAGAAGAUGUCGAUGACGAGAAAGCAGAACCAGAACCAAGCACGUGACUUGAAGCACCGAGUGCUCACGUGCCUCCACAAGCUCUCGGACCGGGACACGCAUUCCGCGGCGGCGAUUGAGCUCGAGGCCAUUGCUAAAGCCCUUUCAAGUGAAACUAUUCCGCCGUUCCUCUCCUCCAUAGCCGCCACUGAUUCCUCCGAUAAGUCUCCGGUCCGGAAGGAAUGCCUGCGCCUUAUUUCCAUCCUCUCCGAAAACCACGGCAACUUGCUGUCUCCUUACCUCUCGAAGCUUCUCAGUGCUGUUAUCCGCCGCCUCCGCGACCACGACUCCGCCGUCCGCUCCGCCUGCGUCACCGCCUCCGCCUCAAUCUCCUUGCACGUAACCAAGACGCCGUUCUCCUUCAUCAUGAAGCCGUUCCUCGAGGCGCUGUUCACCGAACAGGAAAUGAACUCUCAGAUCGGCGCCGCGCUGUGCUUGGCGGCGGCGAUCGAGGCCGCGCCCGAUCCGGAUGUGGUGAGCUUGCGGAAACAGAUUCCGAGGUUCGAGAAGCUGUUGAAAUCCGAGAGCUUCAAGGCUAAGGCGGCGCUGCUUACGCUGAUUGGCAGCGUAAUCGCUGUUGGAGCCGCAUCGAAUCAGCAAGUUGUGAGGAAUUUAGUGCCGCGUUUGAUUGAAUUCGUGAGCAGUGAGGAUUGGGCGGCGAGGAAGGCUAGUGCCGAGACUCUGCUAAGGCUUGGAGUUGCAGAAAGAGAAACAUUAUCCGAGUUUAAGGCCUCUUGCUUAAAGACCUUUGAGGCCAAACUAUUCGAUAAGGUGAAGACUGUGAGAGAAACAAUAAGCCAAAUGCUGGAAGCGUGGAAGGAGAUUCCUGAUUUAUCAGAUGAUGUUUCGCUUCCACCUGAAUCAGAUUCAUCAUCUAGAGAGAAUGGUAGUGAUACACCUGGAUCCAGGAGCUCUGGUACUCCCAAUGUUGGGAGAAGAAACCUCCAUAAAAGCAAGACAAAUGCACUAGGCAGCUCUUCUGCUGCUACAGAAAUCGGGAAGAAAGCAACUCCAGCAAUAUUCCGCAAACUUGAUCACAAGAAGCCUUCUGAAUUGAAGAUUGAAGUCCCUAAUUCACAGGAUUCUUCUGGGGAUGAUCUGAAGUGUAAAAAUGGGAAAGGUGAUGAGGAGAAAGAAGGAUUCACAAAACCAGAAACAAAACGCCUCCUUUUUGGAAAGAGUGCUUCUGGGUGUCGCGUGGUUCCAUGUCAAGAUGAGAGAUCAGAUUCUAAUGUUGUGAUGAAUGAAAGUGGGGAUCUCUGUAAGAACCAAAAAGAACGUGAUAAUGAUUUGUCUGAGAUUCGGAAGCAACUCGUUCAAAUUGAAAAUCAGCAGUCCAAUUUGCUACAAGUCCUCCAGAAAUUCAUUGGGACUUGUCAGAGCGGGAUGCGUUCUUUAGAGACACGGGUUCAUGGUCUGGAGUUGAGCUUAGAUGAGAUAUCAUAUGAGUUGGCUGUGUCAACUGGAAGAAUAAUGUCAAAUAGGGACUCAGCAGCCAUGUGUUGCAAGCUACCAGGUGCAGAAUUUUUGAGUUCAAAACUGUGGAGGAGGAGGAGUUCAACUUCACAAUUCCCUGCUUCUGGUGGAACCCCAUUCGUGGCUUCGGCUCACAAUAAAGCUAGCCCUGGUUUUAUUGUGAACCCAUUGGCUGAAACCAAUCAUUACUCUCAGUCCCAGCAGGGAAUUUCUCAUGUUCCCUACAAUGGAGUAUCAAGAAAUCUUCCCAUGACAAGGCUAAGAAGAAUGGAACAAGGAUAGAUUGCUGGAAGACUAGAAUGAAUACUGAGGCAUAUACUUAUCAUGCAUUUACAUAUUUUUUUUGCCAGUGUUUGUCGUUGUGCCAAAUCCAACUCCAACCAAUCCAGAUUUUCAGAGUUAGUGGUUAGAUAUAUUUGAUCCAAUUCCACAUUUAGUUAGAUGGAAAUUUGUAUAGGAUUAUAGGAAAAGUCAUUUUUGUCAUCUUUCUCCCCUUUGGGGUUCCAUGAUCAGACUUUAAGAUAUAUGUUUUCUAUACGUGUUAGUGAAAUUGUGCUUUUGGACCUUUUGCACAGUACCUGAUUAAUGGUAAUGGCAUCUUCAAUAGUGAGGAUUUUGGUGUGAUUUUUGAAGAGUUUUGGUAGGUGUGAUUAGGAAAGA